AUGCCGCUUUUUGGAAAGAAAAAGACGAUUGAGCAGGAGCUCAAAGAAGGAGACAGGCAAAUGAGAAGAACCAACAGAGGCCUGGAACGAGAUCGAGCUCAACUAGAAAAAGAGGAGAAGAAACUCGAAGCCGAAAUCAAACGCGCCGCCAAGCAAGGAAAUAAAGAUGCCUGCAAAGUCCUGGCGAAACAGCUCGUCAACUUACGAAAACAGAAAACGCGAAGUUAUGCUGCUGGUGCUAAAAUGAGUUCCAUGCAAGCUCAAACGAAAAUAAUGCAUACAAACACCAAGAUGGCUCAGAGCAUGGCGACGACUACGAAAACGAUGUCGAAGAUGAACGCAAAGAUGGAUCCGCAGAAGGUCGCAAAAACGAUGCAGCAAUUCGAAAAGGAGAGUAUGAAAUUUGACAUGUCGGAAGAAAUGAUGAAUGAUGCUAUUGAAUCAGCUCUUGGCGAAUCAGGCGACGAAGAAGAAACUGAUGCCAUUCUCGGCCAGGUUCUGAGCGAAAUCGGUAUCGAAAUGGGCGGCCAACUUGCUCAAGCUCCAGCUGCUCCAUCUUCCGCCCAAGCUGAAAGCUCCGGCGUAACCGAUGCUGAAAUCGAAGCCCAACUCAAAGCCCUUGGAAUUUAA